AGCCCUCCUCGCAAAUGCAUCAAGCUCGAGUCGCCCUCGCCGCCACCAGAAGAAGAUGAAGACAACUGCAGCAUAUGCCUGCAAGCCCUCGUAGACCGGACCGUCAUUCCCAUUUGUUCCCAUGAGUUUUGUUUUGACUGUCUUCUGAUGAUUCGUGAUUCAGAGCAAUCGAGGAAGUGCCCGUUGUGCACUCAGACAAUUUGGGAGUACCUCAUCCAUCAGAUCUGGUCGCGGUACGAUUAUCAGAAGCAUUACUUGGCGCCUCUCUCGAAGCCGGGUUUAUUUCCGUUACGGGCUGUGCCUAACCAAGAGCCUGAAGUGCGGAGACGAAGGCGUAGGAGGGAGUGGGGUAGACGAGACCAGGACGAGGCGGAUAAGCUGGAGGGGUCAAUAGAGAAACGGCGUUGGGUGUAUGAGCAUGGGCUUUACGCCAAACAUGUAGCCUCGAAUGUGUCGCUCGCAAAAUUCUCCUGGCCCUAUAAAAAGUACAGGCUGUACCCCACUCCAGCGCAGUUCGCUGCGAGCCAGGAGAUGUUGAGCAAGACGACUAUGUUUCUGCGGCGCGAGUUGCGGGUGUGGGAUGAUCUUGACGUAGAGUUCUUCACGACAUUUACGAUAUCUCUCAUGAAGUCAAUUGAUAUACCCUCCAAGUCGGCUGUGAAGCUAUUGGCGGGAUUUUUGGACAUUCAUACGGGUGGCAGGGUUAUGGCGGAGCAUUUUGCACAUGUAGAGGUCUACUCGUAUGUCAGGUCGCCGUUCAAAGACCUCUUCGUGUAUGACAGCGUUGUCCAGUACGAUGCGCCUCCCCAUGUCAGCUCUCCGCCACGACAGAGACCAAGACGAUGGCGAGACUCAGACGAACACCUUCACCGGAGCCCCAGGUCCAGA